AUGGAUUUGGCUGCUGUAAAUGAUGAAAAACCCGAAAUUCCGACUGAAAAAUCAAAAAAAUUGCGAAAAGCUGAAAUUGCAGCCAAGAAAUCGAAAAAGGCUGAAAAUAUUGAUGAAAAACCGGAAAUUGAUGAAUGGCCUGUGAUUCCACCGGAAAGUCCGCGAAGAUCUUCAAGAAUUGCUGGAAGUUCGGCGAAAUCUGCACAAGAAGCUGAAAUUGAUGAUCAGAAGCCUGAAGUUCCACCUGAAAGAUCUUCUACAAGAAUUUCGACAAAAUUAUCUGAAAAACAUGGUCAGAAAGCUGAAAAAUCGAAGAAUUCAUCAAAAUCUGCUUCAGAAGCUGAAAUUCAAGCUGAAAAAGCUGAAAAUUCAUCAAAUUCUGCUCCAGCGCCUGAAAUUCAACCUAGAAAUGCUGAAAAUCCUCGCACAUCUGCUCCGGGAGCUGAAAUUGUGGUCAAAAAGGUUGGAAGAGCAAGAUCGAACUCUGUUAGAGCUCCAGAAUCUGCUCCAGAGCCUGAAAUUGCUCCAGAAGCUGGAAAUUGUGAAGUCAAACUCGAAAUAUCUGAAAAUCCACAAAAAUUGACUGAAAAUGUUGUAGAAGUGAAACUGGAAAUUGAGGAAGCGGAAUAUUCGAAUUUUGAAGUCAAAUUGGAAAUUGAGGAAAAUGAAGAAGCUGAAUAUCCGGGAAUUUUGAAAAAAAGUGAGUUUUUUUGAGCUGAAAAUUCGUGAUUUUCAGAUUUUUUGGGUCUAGAAAAUGUAAAAUUAUCUGAAAAUUCGAAAAUUUUAGAUUUUUAGCUCAAAAUUCAAAAUUUUUAUUUAAAAAUUUGAAAAUUUCAAAUUUUUGGCUCAAAUUUCAUUCAUUUGUUGGCUCAAAUUUCAUUCAUUUUUUCUGAAAAAUCAGACUUUUUUUGAGAAAAAAGUCGGAUUUUUCCUGAAUUUUCAGACGGAAAUUUGUACGGAAUUCUUAUUUGAAAAUUUCCAAAUUUAUUGAUUAUAGUGAAAUUUUGAAAUGGAACAAUUCAUCAAAAAAAAACCGAAUUUCCAAAUUUUUACACAAAAAAUCAUAAAAAAUGUUCCAUCUGCUGACUAUUGACUUCAAAAAAUUCCACCAAAAAUCUUCAAUUUUUUCUAGUUCCUCUACGACGAGAAUAAUCCAUUCGUAAUCUGCUCUCGCAAUUUUGUCCCAUUAUAUCGUGGUCAACCAUUGUACAAAUGCUCAUUCUGCAGAGCAUCGUAUUCCGAAGGUUUGGAAAGCGAAUUGUGCGUGCGAUGUUUGUCAGAUAUCCAAAAUUGGCAAAAAUGUAUUGGGAUUGAGAAUUUCAACAUUAAACAAUUAA